AUGAUGCAAAAUUUUAAAAUAUAUAAAAUUAAUUAUAGAAACCUAAUAAAUAAUAUAAUAUUAAAUAGUUCCAUUAGAAACAAUUGUAAUAGCAAUAAUCUAUAUAGAUUAUUUUCAACCUCUACUUCAACCAACACCGGAACAGAGAUUAUUAAAAAUAAUGGGAAAUUAAAACAACAUCAUCCAAAACAAACAAAUACCAAACCAAUUAAAUCAAAUCAACCAUCAGAAAAUGAAGAAUCAGGGUCAGAUCAAAUAGUUCAAAAAAAGAAAUAUAAUAAUCAGCAUAUUAUGAUUAGAGCACCAGAAGACAGAUCAUUAUCACAAAAACAAUAUUUUGAAAAGUUAGCAGAAAGAGGAGAUAUUGAAAAAAUGGAAGAUUUACUCAAAUUAAUGCCACAGAAAAGAACAUUAUAUGCAUAUGAAAAAUUAAUAUUGGCAUGUUCAAAGAGAGGAAACUUUAAUUUAUCAUAUAAAUUUUAUAAUCAAAUGAAGAAGGAUCAAGUUAAACCAAGUGUAUAUGUAUUUGGCACAUUAUUAAACACAUGCACAACAGCAACAGGAAUAGAUUCAAAGAUAAUUGAAGAAAGAAUCAACAAAAUCUUUGAAGAUAUUGCAAAGUAUGAAGUUGAAGUAUCUGUAAAUAUUUUUAAUAUUUUAAUGAAAUCUUUAAUUCAAUUGGGUAAAAAUCAAGAAGCCAUUUCAUUUAUAGAUAGAUUAAAGAGCAUUGGUGUCAAGCCUGACAUUACCACUUUCACAACAUGGGUAAUUGCUCAAAGCGAGAAAAUUAAAGCAGAAUACCAACUUGACAUCAAGGGUAAAGAUAUCUUGGAAGAAAUUAGAACCUCAAAAAACUCACAACGUUUAGAUGAAAUUCGUAGCGAAGGUAAUAAACAAAUCGACCACUUUUUAAAUAUUAUUAAAGAAGCAAAAAAGAAUCAAGUAUCACCAGAUAGAUAUUUUAUCAACACCAUACUCAAUGCCUGUAAACAUACUUUAAACCCCGAAGGUGUAUUUUAUGUGUGGAAAAUACUUCAAGAAAAUAAAUAUACUCAACAUUUAAAUGCAGAUACAAGAACAUACGAUAUUUUAGUUUCAACAUGUAACAAUAUAAAUGAUAUUGAUAAAGCUAUAGAAUUAACAACAGAAAUAUUUAAUAGAUCAAUUAGACCAGAUAUUCAUCUUGUUAAUAAUUUAUAUAGAGUUUGUUUAAGAAUUGCAUCAAUGAAUUCAAUAAAGAAAAGAGAUCAAUACGAUGUAGAUAAACUAAUAGAUAAUAUUAUAAACUAUAUGGCAUCUUAUAACUUAUUCCCAAAUGAAGAAUCAUUUUCAAUCUUAAUCUCAACCUAUUCAAAAUUAGGUAAACAUAAUAAAGUUUAUGAAUUAUUAACCGAAAUGAAAGAAUUGGGUAUAAAACCAACUGUUAAACAUUAUUCAGGUAUUAUUACCUCAUUCUCAAGUGAUGUUGGUAAAUGUUUAGAAAUAUUUAAGGUUAUUGUUUCACAAAAUAUUAUCGCCACACCAGAUUUCAUUAUAAAUAUGCAAAAGAUUAUGAAAAGAGGUAAUGAUAGUCAAAUUGAAGCCUUUAGAGAUUUAAUUAUAACCCACGAUCAAUAUUCACACUUUAAAAAAGAUAAAAAAGGAAAAGAAAACAAAUAA